AUGGGAAUUGUUAAUUAUAUAACAAGUAUACUUUAUAUUCCUUAUGUAUUCACCCCAUUGGUAUUGUUAAUAUGCUUAUUAUCAUGUAUAAUUGUUAUUAGAUACAAGUCAUUAAGAGAUGAAGAUGUGAUGUUUGUUAUUUUCGCAGUUGUUAUCUGUGUGUUGAUUAAAACAUCAACAAUCUCAAUUCUUGGGACAUACAUUUCACCUAUUAAUCAACCAGUAUUUAUUUAUGCAUACUUUUCUAUACAACUCCUAAGAAAUAUGAUUUGUUUAUUCCAAUUAAAAUUAGAUGAACAAUGUUACUAUUCUCCAGCAGCGUUUGUUGCAAACUUUUCAACAAUAGGAUUUAUUGUGUUUAUGCCAAUAUAUAUUGUUUUAUUCUGUACAUUAAUAUUUAAAUGUAUAAGUCUUGCACCAUCAAUUACAUUACCAAUAACAAUACCAGAAUUUAUUAUCAUUCCAGUUGAAGUUAUCUAUGUAAUCUAUAACUAUGGAUUUAUAUAUAAACGGUGUUAUGAUAAUCAAUGGAGUAAACGAUAUAUUAAACACUUUUUUACAAAAAUUCAUUUUGACUUUAUAACAAUAGGAUGUUUAUUUAUUCAUUACACUGUUUUACUUAUAUACACAUGGGGACAACGAUUAAUGGGAAUUUGGAUUAGUUUUCAAAUACUUAGAAUAGGAUUUGUAAGUAUUUCUAAGAUUAAAACGGUUCAGAAAUAUUUUAAUCAUCUUGUAAUCACACUCAAAAUUUGUGAUUUAAAUGAAGGGGAAUGUUCCAUUUGUUAUUCUCUUCUGAAAAGAAAAUGUGUUUCAUUUUCUUGUGGUCAUAAAUUCCAUUACUCUUGUGUGAUACCAUGGUUACAACAUAACUCUGUUUGUCCUCUUUGUAAACAGCCUAUUCUUCAAUCAAAAACUAACUAUGAGAAAUAUAUCAUGAAAUUACCUAAAUCAAGUCGUUUUAUUGUACAUCUUUAUCAAUUUUUAUUUAAACAAAAUACUGUUCAAGAACAAAUUGGAGCUAUUAAAGAAGUAUUUCCAAUGAUUCCUGAUGGUGUUAUUCUUCAAGACUUAGAACGAUUUUCAACAAGUACAGAUGUUAUUGCACAUUAUAUAGACCAUCCAGAGAUUGUUAAUGAAUAUACAAACAUUAUAGCUAAUGAGCAAGAAACACAUCAACAUGAAUUAGUACCAGACUUUGAUAUAAUGAAAAACCUUGAAGGAAUAGAAGAAGAUUCUACAGAAAGUAGUGAUGAAAAUAUUAAUUUAGAAGAGCUUAAUCAAAUAAAUGAAUUAAGAAAACGAAAAUUAAUUGAAGAUAAUUUAUAA